ACUACACAGGGCACUCGGGGUAGUAGCGUGAAGUUUCUGAGCUCGACACAGGAAGUACGUGGCGCUGUAGGUAUAGUAAAGUACCAAAAAUCUCGUAAAAGUCCUCAGAGUUUGUAAAUUUAACAGUGUACACGAGCCAAGACCACGAGAUUAUUGUGAAAAAGGUUGUGAACUCCAGCCGUGAGUACAUCUAACCUCACUUAGUGCUCUUGGAUCAUGAUUUUCCUGUUAAACACAGUUGCAAAGUGCAGAAAUGUGAUACAAAGAACUCUGAGUAGAGGGAUUGUCAAUCCGAAUCGCCUCUGCACCACCAGACCCUAUGACUUGAACACCAAUGUGGCCAAGGAUGUUAUAAUCUUCAAAUAUGAUAACCCAAAGUUUUUCAGAUACCUCAAUAUUUUUGCUCUGUGUCAGUUCUUCUUUUGGAAUUACCUAUCUCACUUUGCAUUUACCACCCUCCGUGAUGCCCCCGUGGAUAGAAAUACCUCAGAAGAUUUGCCCUUUUGGCGCAGACUCAAUCUUGGAGACAACAAAUACCGGUACACCCUUACAAUCCUUUGUUUUUCCAUCGGCUACGGUGUUUUGGCUCUUGGAUGGAUGUUUACCCUGAGAUCUGUGAGAUUCCUGGUCCUAAGGAAAGGUGGUGAGAGUGUGUCGUUUGUGACCUACACACCUUUUGGAAUCAACAAUAGAAUUAUGGAUGUACCGCUGUCGAGCGUAUCAGCUCAGGAGUCCCGACAAGCCGCUCGUGUCCAGCUGCCCCUGAAAGUGAAAAACCGAGCUUUCUACUAUAUUCUGGACAAGAGAGGUAGCUUCCCCAAUGCCAAGCUAUUCGACUAUACAGCCGGACUGAAGAGAAAGUUCACAUAAUUUUAUCCAUAGUCAAUUUAUUAAUAAACUCGCUCUGGUUGCUGUGUCAGAAGUAAA